AUGGCUCCUUAUUUCAUCUUGCAGUGGAUCCUAAUGGUCCUAUUUACAGGUCUCACAGUGUCAGGCUCUCCAGUGAGAGGAGUGGUGGGUCAGAACGUCACUUUGCCCUGUAAAUACCAAGUUAAUCUCCAAAAGGACAUCACCACAAUGUGCUGGGGCCGGGGCAGCUGUCCUCCUUCCCAAUGUUCUCAGACAAUUCUCUGGACGGAUGGAUGGAGGGUAACAGAGCGUCAGUCCAGCAGGUACCGGUUAGAAGGGAAUCUCGCUCAGGGGGAUGUGUCCCUCACCAUAGUGAAUGCGGCAGAAGCAGACGGAGGGGUGUACUGCUGCCGUGUGGAGAUCUCUGGUUUGUUCAAUGAUCAGCGGAACAAUCUGGAAGUUGUGAUUGAGACAGCUAGGACCUCCACUGCAGGCCCUCAUGCUUACACACCUGAAAACACCUCAGCUGCUGCGAAUGCCAGUGACACAUCUUCCACCAUUGCCCCACAGUGGCCAUUGGUUUUCAGUUCAGAAGCCCCUGAGGAUGUUUCAAUACAGACUGUGUCCACAUCAAUCCAUCAGCUAAUGGAGCCAGAAUCCACGGGGGCAGGGAUGCAUGUUGGAAUCAGCAUUUUUGUGGUACUUCUAGUCAUCCUGGUUUUGGCCCUAAUUCUAUCCAAAAGGUAUUUCCCCAACAGACAGAAGCUGAAGACUUUGGCAAGCUCAGUCUCGUUUUCCAAUGCAGACCAAGGAGGCUUCCAGAGCACGUUGGAAGUUGGGGUCCAUGCAGAAGAGAACAUUUAUACGAUGGACUAA